UCAAAAAUGAAGAUAGUUCUCAUUACUCUUUUCCUUGUUGCUCUUCUUUCAUACACCUCUAAUGCUUCUUCUUUUACCAAUGAUUUUUGCGUUGCAAACCUAGGGCUUUCAAAAACCCCUUCUGGUUAUCCAUGCAAGUCAGAAACUAUUGUAACAGAGAAUGAUUUCGCAUUCUCAGGUUUUGUAGCCCAAAGAUUAAAGAGCCCUUUUAAUGUUGGAUUUAAAGUAGCAACUGUCAAUAAUUUACCAGGUCUCAAUGGACUUGGUAUCUCGGCGGCAAGAGUUGAUUUUGGUAUAAAUGGAACUGUACCAAUGCAUAUUCAUCCCGACGCAACCCAAUUAACAAUUGUUGUUGAAGGUGUCAUUACUGCUGGAUUUAUCACACCAACAAAUGCUUAUGUGAAAACUCUAAAAGCUGGUGAUGUUUACGUUGUUCCAAAAGGACUAUUGCAUUUUACAAUUAACUCUGGUCCUCGAAAAGCUCUUGUUUAUUCUGCUUUUAGUAGCGAUAAUCCGAGGUUGCAUAUACUUGACAAGUUAUUAUUUGGUAACAACUUAGAAACUCGCACAAUUAAAAAGACUACCCUCCUUGACGAACUUCAAAUUAAGAAGCUUAAGGCUCAGUUUGGUGGUAGUGGCUAAGAUUACAAGCAUAUGGUUCAUCCUCUUUGUUUGUUUUAAAUUUAGUUAAUUAUGUCAACAAUAAAUGUUAUGUGUGUCUUUAUUUUACGUUUUUAUGUCAAUUUUAAUUACAAUAAUAUAAGAGGAUGACAUGGUUCUUAA